GCGGGCCGCAGAAGCCGCGCUGGAGACCGGCGGGGCGAGCCUGGCCCCCGCUACCCGCACACGGCCCCCGCGCUGCCCACCGACGGCCACCCGGCCCCCGCGCUGCCCUGCCCGGCCUCCCGCUACUGCCGUUCCGGGCUUCCUGGGUUUUUUUUUCCCUCCUUCCUCCCAUCCUUUUCUUUCCUGCAACUCGCAGAAGGCUCUGCCCCGGCCCCUGGUUUUAUUUCUUUUUGCCUCAGAAGGGUUGAGAAAAACAAUCACAAAGCUUUGCAAACUUUUUUCAGCGUUCUCCCAGCCGGGCUUCACGCUGGGGCAGACUUUGCUUUUCCAAGUUUUACUUUUUUAAGCCCUUCCCUGACGCUCAGCAACCCCGAUUUUUUUUUCCUUUUUUUUUUUUUUUUUCAUCCUCUGCUCCCCCCUCUGCCACUUUCUCGCAUGAAUCUCCUAGACCCCUUCAUGAAAAUGACAGAAGAACAGGACAAAUCUAUUUCCGACGCCCCCAGCCCCACCAUGUCGGACGAUUCUGCCGGGUCCCCUUGUCCUUCUGGAUCCGGCUCAGACACGGAGAACACCAGACCCCAAGAAAACACUUUCCCUAAGGGGGACCCGGACCUGAAGAAGGAGAGCGACGAGGACAAGUUCCCGGUGUGCAUCCGAGAGGCAGUGAGCCAAGUGCUCAAGGGCUAUGACUGGACCCUGGUCCCCAUGCCGGUGCGGGUCAAUGGAUCCAACAAGAACAAGCCCCAUGUGAAGAGACCCAUGAACGCCUUCAUGGUGUGGGCCCAGGCGGCCCGGAGGAAGCUGGCUGACCAGUAUCCCCAUCUGCACAACGCUGAGCUCAGCAAGACCCUGGGGAAGCUCUGGAGGCUGCUGAACGAGAGCGAGAAGCGUCCCUUCGUGGAGGAGGCUGAGCGGCUGAGGGUGCAGCACAAGAAGGACCAUCCCGACUACAAGUAUCAGCCGCGGCGGAGAAAGUCGGUGAAGAACGGGCAGUCGGAGCAGGAGGAGGGCUCGGAGCAAACCCACAUCUCUCCCAACGCCAUCUUCAAGGCACUGCAGGCAGACUCCCCACAGUCGUCCUCCAGCAUCAGCGAGGUUCACUCCCCCGGGGAGCACUCGGGGCAAUCACAAGGCCCCCCUACGCCCCCCACCACCCCCAAGACGGACACGCAGCCAGGCAAGCAGGACCUGAAGCGGGAGGGACGCCCUCUGCAAGAAGGCGGCCGGCAGCCCCCCCACAUUGACUUCCGAGACGUGGACAUCGGCGAGCUCAGCAGCGAUGUCAUCUCCAACAUCGAGACCUUUGACGUCAACGAGUUUGAUCAGUACCUUCCACCCAACGGCCACCCGGGGGUCCCGGCCACCCACGGGCAGCCCGGCCAGGUCACCUACACCGGCAGCUACGGCAUCAGCAGCACGUCGGGCUCACAAACCGCGGCUGGGCACGUCUGGAUGUCCAAGCAGCAGGCACAGCCGCAGCCCCCACCGCAGGCGCAGCCAGCAGCGCAGCACGGGCUGCCGGCACUCAGCGGAGAGCAGGGCCAGGCGCAGCAGAGGACACACAUCAAGACAGAGCAGCUCAGCCCCAGCCACUACAGCGAGCAGCAGCAGCACUCCCCGCAGCAGAUCAACUACAGCUCCUUCAACCUCCAGCACUACAGCUCCUCCUAUCCCACGAUCACCCGCUCCCAGUACGACUACACCGACCACCAGAACUCCAGCUCCUACUACAGCCACGCUGCCGGCCAGAGCAGUGGCCUCUACUCUACCUUCACCUACAUGAACCCCACGCAGCGCCCCAUGUACACCCCCAUUGCAGACACUUCUGGGGUCCCCUCCAUCCCCCAGACCCACAGCCCGCAGCACUGGGAACAGCCCGUCUACACACAGCUCACCAGACCCUAAAAGCCAUGCAAAAAAAAACAACACGAAAAGAAAACUAUCUUAAAAACCAUCGAAAAAGCACGAAAGGAAGCAAGGAGAAGACUAGAGGAGUUCCUCGGACUUGUUGUUUCUUUGCAAUGAAAGCAACGAUUAAAAGAAAAGACGCUGAAAAAGAAGCUGGCAGGGAGGAGAGAGCUCCUUGAGCCUUCUGCACUACAGCAUCCCCCCAGGAAGUGGCCAGAGCGCUCCUAAGACCCGGCAAAACUAGGUACAGACUUUGCAAGGACUGGACUUUAACUCUGCUUCCAGGGCACAACGUGGAGAUGAGAUUUCUGACCAACCAGCUCAGCUGUCCUGUUCUCUGGACUUUUGUAAUGAGGUGUUGUUGUUUGGGGUUUAUUUUUUGUUUCGUUUUGUUUUUUUUUUUUUUAGCAGUAAUUAAAAAGGAAAAAAAAGGGGGGGGGGGAGGGAAGGUUAAAAAAAAAAAGAAGAGAGAGAAAGCUCAGAGUCCUCUGUGAGGAAUAUUCUCUAUUUUAAAUACUUUUUUAGUAUGUACUGUGUAUGAUUCGUUACCAAUUUGAGGGGGAUUUAUAUUUUUUAGAGAUUUCUUUUUUAAUGCUCAUAUUUUUCCAACAGCUGAAGUAGGAAAAAAAAGGAGGGGGGGAGGGGAAAAAGCCUUUAAAAGAAACAAACAAAAAAAACCUGACACUUAGUGGAGCAGCCCUAGGUUUUUCUUGCAGCCAGAGGUAUUUUUGUAUAGAUAAGUGUCUUUUUUUUCCUCUAAAAAUAAAGAAUGAAAAAAAAAUAAAAUAAAACAAAGGCAAAGCAAUGAGCUCUGAACUGGAACAAAGCUCUGUGAAGUGGCCAGCAUCAGGCCAAGCGAUGCUGAGAGUGCAGGGACUAGCACGGGAGAGGCUUUAUUUUUCUAACUGAUAGCAAAAUCAGCCAGCAGGAGAUUUUAACUUUA